GUACAGAGCAUGAAUUAAGGAAUAAGCAGCUUAUAGUUGGAGGAAUGUCUAGAGCAGACAUAGUGCAGAGCAUGAUUUAAGGAAAAACAGUUACACCAGGACAAUAAUCUAUGGCUCAGGUGGCAGCAUUUAGUACCGUAAAGAUACCCUCUGUAUGGCAGGCUUAGGGCAAGAGCCACUCCUCCUGAUACAGGAGUUGUAGGCCCUUUUGUCCAGUUCUUGUGGAAGGCUGUCCUCAGACUAGCAAUCCCUCAAGCACUCUAGGGCUCAAAACCCCUCCAAAUAAUUGUACCUCGGUGACUGUGAACUUUAUCAGCUCUUGUUACUGUGCUAGCUCCAAAGCAUCCUCCUAUAGAACUCAUUGGAAGCUGCCAGCAGGUAGUGGUAGACCCUGACAUCUCUGUCACUGCUGUGGGACUUAAGCAUCCUCUUACAGUCUUAGGAGUAGCAUGUCCUACUGCACACUGCACCCUCUUCACUGCGCACGGCCCACCUCCAUGCCUUAGUGACCUAAUGGGGGUGGACCUCUUACUACACAUGGCCCACCUCCUUUCCUUGAUAACCUAAUGGGGGUGGACCCCUUGCUGUGCACUGUCUACCUCCUAGCCUAGGUGACCUAAUGGGGGUGAACCUCGUUUUAUUGCUCACAACCCUAUCACUAUCCUUAAAAAUGACUUCACUCACUACCCUGCCCCUUAACCUAUACCCAAUAAAUAAAGAUGCUUCUGGACAUUCGGGGCUUCACCUGUGUCCACUUAUAGGUGGUGUGGCCCCCCCUGAGCCCAGCUGUACUUACUGGACUUCUGUGUCCUGUCUCUAAGGGACAACCCACGACCCUGUGGGACUCUUAGCCCUACACCUCUCCCUUCUUUUCUGAAACCAAGGGCCUCUCAAGAAUAAUAGGAGGAAGUUUUUUUUUAUUUAUUAUAAAAUUCAAGUUAUUUUGCUUAAUAUAGUAUGGGGGAUAUAUGAGGGGACCUUAAUCUUCACAGUGCAAUGACCUGAUUUUUAAAAAUAACCCAAGUCCCUGUCCAAAAGCAGAGCAAAACAGAACACUACUAGUUCCAGAUACAGAAAAGGAGGGAGAAAUUGGAAACCAUCUGAGUUGAUGGGUUUUCAGAAAGGACUCUGAUCAGUGGCCAUGAUACACCCGGACAUCCUAGGAUUAAGGCCAUGAGCCAUAGAAGGAGGUUGAAGGACAAAUUAAAUAGAAAAAAGAAUUUCUAAUAUCUACAGUCUUGUAGUCUACGUAAGAGUUUGAUUAUACUACAUGAACCUCAAAUACAGGAUGGAUCGAAGUCUCCAUUAUUCCAUGUGAUGAUGAUAAAACAAUUUCAAAAAAUCCUAAGACCAUUUUAUAAUGAAUUCCUUCUUUCCAAUGUAAAGGGCAUAGUGUUAGUUUGCUUUCUCUUUUGUUAAAAUUUACUAGAUACUAAUUGUUCAGCACUGGCUAGGCAUCAAGAACAUAAAAAUAAAUGAGAAGAGUUCCUGCUUUCAAGAUAUUCCUAUUGUGGUAGAAGGAGACUGUGGUAGGUAGAGAGCUACAAAAUAUAAUAGAUAAUAUAGAAGAAUGUUAAAAAAUGGAAUAAUCAGUUCUGCCAGGUUGAAUAGUAGAGUUAUGAGGAAGAGAUAUUUGAGCUGAGUCUUGAUAGAUAUUUUUUAAUGAAAUGGUUUUUUUCAUAAUGAAUAUGAAACAAUUAGAAAAAAUGGGAAAAUUGAAUUUUGAAGGAUGAGUUCAUCAGGAAAAAGCCAAAGUUUGUAAAGAAAUUGUAUUCAUUCAUUCGUUCAUAUUCAUUUAGCAAAUAUUAAUUGCCUCCACUCCAAACUAGAUUCCAAGAACCCAACAAAUGGUACUUGCCAAACGGAACCUGUCGGCUGGCAGGAUAGGAUGACGGAGAUCAGACAGUUGCCACACAAUGUGAAAAGUGCCGUGGAAAAGUGGCAUAGGGUGAUGUGGUAGCACAUGGUUGCCUCUAAUCUGGACUGACUGAUGACACUGAGAUUUACAGUUAGGCUAGGGUCAUUUUAAGCACUGCCUUACUGUAUUUAACGACAUUUCGAAACUUGGAGUGAAAGGAAAAGUCCAGGUGAACUGUAAGAAGCUUCCAGUGAUGUGCCUAACUUUGCAAAUGAACAAAAAUCUAAUGUAUACAUAUCCUGGAAACUUCUCAAAGUUUGCCUGCACUUUUCCAUUCCAAAUAGAGGUUUGGACAUUUAACAAAUGGAGGCCUCAAAAGGUUAUCCUGGUAAGAUUUUGUAGAUAAAACAGGGGCUUGAAGGAAUGUUGAUUCCAUUCCUCUUGGCCUUCUUUUAUGAAUCCAGUUCUGUGCUAGCUCAGUGAGUAAAUGAAAAAUGUCUUCCAAAUUUGGAUGCUGGAGACUAUGAUCCAAGAUGGCUGAUCGCUAACAGCUCGGGAUUGUAGCUCCCAGUGAAAGCACAGAGAAUGAGAGGACGCCACACUUUCAGACGAAUUUUCGUCGCUCAUGGACCAGAAGAUUCCCAGUGGAGGAGCCCCACGGGUCACCAGCGCAACUCUUGUGGCCAGCACAGCGGUUUUGCCAGCACCUCGGCGUGGCAGCUCUUCCUGCAGAGUAAAUAGAAGGAGAUUCCCUGGCAGAAGAGCACCAUCAGUCUUAACACCGCUGUUUUGGCCGGCACAGUGGGUUGCUCAGAUUCCAGUGCUGGGAAUCAAUAAACUGGAUGUCUACUCAGAAACCCAAAUAGAAAGGCGGUAAUCGUAAAGAUGACAGAUGGAUAAAUUUAUAACAAAGGGAAGAAACCAGCCUAAAAAGGCUGAGAAUACCCAAAAUCAGACCCCUCUGCCUCUACAGGGGAUUACAGUUCCUCAUCAGCAACAGAACAAGCCCUGAUGGAAAAGGACUGUGUGUCAUUAACAGAAGUAGGCUUCAGAAGGUGGAUGAUAAGAAACCUCUGGGAGUUAAAAGAACUUGUUCUAACCCAAUGUAAAGAAACUAAGAACUUUGAAAAAAGGUUUGACGAAAUGCUAACAAGAAUAGACAAUAUAGAGAGGAAUAUAAUUGAACUAAUGGAGUCAAAAAACACAAUAUGAAAACUUAGUGAAAUAUACACAAGUUUGAAUAGCUGAAUUGAUCAAGCAGAAGAAAGGAUAUCAGAGGUCGAAGACCAACUUAAUGAAAUAAAACGAGAAGACAAGAAUAGAGAAAAAAAGGAUAAAAAGUCUCCAAGAAAUAUGGGACUAUGUGAAAAGACCUAAUUUACUUUUGAUAGAUGUACCUGAAUAUGACAAAGAGAAUGAAUCCAAGCUGGAAAAUACUCUUCAGGAUAUUAUUCAGGAAAACUUUCCCAAUCUAGCAAAGCAGGACAAUAUUCAACCCCAGGUAAUACAGAGAACACCACAAAGACAUUCCUCAAGAAGAGCAACCCCAAGGCACAUAAUCGUUAGAUUCACCAGGGUUGAAACAAAGGAGAAAAUACUAACGGCAGCCAGAGAGAAAGGUCAGGUUACCCACAAAGGGAAGCCUAUAAGACUUACAGUAGAUCUUUCAGCAGAAACCCUACAAGCCAGAAGAGAGUGGUGGCCGAUAUUCAACAUCCUUAAAGAACAGAACUUUCAGCCAAGAAUUUCAUAUCCCACCAAACUAAGCUUCACAAUUGAAGGAAAAAUAAAAUCUUUUAUGAACAAGCAAGUACUCAGAGAUUUUAUUACCACCAGGCCUGCUUUACAAGAGCUUCUGAAAGAAGCAUUAUACAUAGAAAGGAACAACCAGUAUUAGCCUUUCUAAAAAUAUACCAAAAAGUAAAGAGCAUCAACAUAAAGAAGAAUUUACAUCAACGAAUGGGUAAAAUAGCCAGUUAACAUCAAAUGGCAGUAACCCUAAAUUUAAGUCGACUAAAUCCCCCAAUCAAAAGAUACAGCCAAAACCUAAUGGUAUGCUACAUUCAGACCCAUUUCACAUCCAAAGAUACACAAAGACUCAAAACAAAGGGAUGGAGAAAGAUUUACCAACCAAAUGAAGAUCAAAAACAAAUAAAUAAAUAAAAAGCAGGAGUUGCAAUUCUUGUAUCUGACAAAAUAGAUUUCAAAGCAACAAAGAUAUAGUGGUAAAAGGAUCAAUGCAACAAUAAGAGCUAACGAUCCUAACACCUAGAUACAUAAGACCCAUAAAGAGAUUUAGACUCAGCGAGACAGAAAAUUAAUAAGGAUAUCCAGGACUUGAACUCAGAUCCGGAACAAGUAAACUCAAUAAAUAUUUACAGAGCUCUCCAUUUUAAAUACAAAUAAUUUACAUUUUCCACCUUAAAUACACAAAAUAUUGAUUGGCUAUUAUUAAUACCCAUUUUUAGAAUAAAGCUAUAUUCCCAUUCCCUCUCCCUCUUUUUCUUCCUCUUUCUUCCUCUCCCUCACUCCUUUUUCUUUCUUUCCAAAAACAAAAAAUAAAAAUAAAAUAAUUUGGAUGCCAGAGUUAAACAGCAAAGCAGCAACAGAACCCAUAUCAGCUAAGUGUGGAAAAGGAAAUAUGUACCAGUCACUAUAUACUUUCAUACAUUAUUUUAAUCUCAUAACUCUAUCAAUUCAGAUGAUGAAACAAGGUUAAAAAAUAGAGGCUAAGCACCUGGCUGUCCACGGACACACUGAGCCACAGGAGCACCGGUGCCCUGCGGCAGAGUCCAGGGCUAUCCGAGGGUUCGGGCCUUAACGCCUAGGAAUGUGCCUUUGGCUUCUGCGUUUCUCGGUCUGGUUUCUUGACGGGACGCCACUGGCUAGCAUCGUCCCUGAUCCCCAAUGCUCAAUUCCUGGUAGUUGGGAGGACGAAAAAGGAAAUCCCUCUCUGAUCGGUCCUCACCACAGCCCUGUACCAGGCCAUCACAACGGCGGUCUCCAGAGUCGAAGCGCCUGAGGAGACUCAGGCUGUGUCCCAAACCUCCCACCUCAGGGCUUUCUGGACGUCCCGCCAAUUCCCUAGGGCCCUAAGGCGUUAGGCCAACCCCAGGCCUCCACUCGGCCGGACCACUCCCCGCGGCCGGAAGUGGCGGCACCGCGCGCGCGCAGUAAACGCGUGCCGGGCUGCGCAACUUCUGGCGGUUGGUGGGGCCACCGUGUCUUACCUGUCAGCCAGCGCAAGUCCCGGAGGCCCCUCGACAGGAGCAUCACCGAGGAGGCGCCUCGCCAGGCGUCCUUCCUGUGCGCUGGGUCCUUUGAACCUAAUUUGGCUGGGACUCACCUUCCGGCGGCGCGGAGAAUUUCGCGGCCCUGACUUUCCGGAAGUGGGGGCGGUCAAGAUGUGCUCGACGCCUGGGCUGCCGGCGCCCGGGGCCUCGCUGGCCCUGCGGGUGUCCUUCGUGGACGUGCAUCCCGACGUGAUCCCGGUACAGCUGUGGGGACUGGUAGGUGAGCGGCGGGGCGAGUACCUGCAGCUGAGCCGGGAGAUCCAGGAGGCGGCGGCGACGCGCGGCCAGUGGGCGCUCGGCAGCGCCUCAGCGUCGCCCGGCGAGCUGUGCCUGGUGCAGGUGGGGCUUCUGUGGCACCGCUGCCGCGUGGUCAGCCGGCAGGCGCAGGAGAGCCGUGUCUUCCUGCUGGAUGAGGGCCGCACCAUCACUGCCGGCGCAGGCUCGCUGGCGCCGGGGCGCAGAGAGUUCUUCCGCUUGCCCUCGGAGGUGCUGGGUUGCGUGCUGGCGGGCCUGGUACCGGCAAGCUGCGGCGCAAGCGCGGGCGAACUGCAGCACUGGCCCACCGACGCCGUGGACUUCCUGAGCAACCUUCAGGGCAAGAAGGUGCACGGGUGUGUCCUGGACGUGCUGCUGCUCCAUCGCCUGGUCCUCCUGGAGGUGCCCGAAGUGUUCCAACAGAUGGCGGAGCUGGGCCUGGCUCGGAGGGUACCCGACAGCCUCUUCCGUUCGCUGCUGGAGCGCGCUCUCUCAGCUACCACUGCUAGCGUGGGCGCCGCCGGGGUUCCGGUUCUCUCUCGAGUCCUGCCCAGGCAAAAACAGCCUGGCCUGGAUUACUUCUAUCCCCAGCUGCAGUUGGGCGUGACGGAGCCUGUGGUCGUAACCCAAGUGUGCCAUCCCCACCGCAUUCACUGCCAACUCCGCAGCCUCUCACAGGAGAUCCGUCGCCUCUCUGACAGCAUGGCCCAGGUAUACCAGGGUUCCACCGGAACAGGGGAUGAGAACUCUACUAGCCUCACCUGGGAGGAGAGGGAGGAGAGUCCAGACAAGCCGGGCUCUCCGUGUGCAUCCUGUGGCCUGGAUGGACAUUGGUAUAGAGCGCUCUUGCUUGAGACUUUUCGGCCUCAGCGCUGUGCCCAGGUGCUUCACGUGGACUCUGGAAGGAAAGAGUUAGUGAGUUGCAGCAGCCUUCGAUACUUGCUGCCUGAAUAUUUUCGAAUGCCAGUGGUGACUUACCCUUGUGCUUUGUAUGGACUCUGGGACAGUGGGAGAGGCUGGUCUCGGUCACAGGUCGGUGACCUGAAGGCACUGAUACUGGGCCAGGCAGUGAAUGCAAAGAUUGAAUUUUAUUGCUCCUUUGAGCAUGUAUAUUAUGUCACCCUGUAUGGAGAAGAUGGGAUUAAUCUGAACCAUGUGUUCGGAGUACAGUCGUGUUGCUUGGCUGACCGAGUCCUUCAGAGCCAGGGAACAGAGAAAGAGGAAACAGAAACAUCUCCUCAGUCUCAGUCUCCUGCUGAAGAAGUAGAUGAAGAGAUUUCACUCCCGGCCUUAAGAUCUAUCAGGUUAAAGAUGAAUACCUUCUAUGAUGCGCAGGUAGAGUUUGUUAAAAACCCUUCUGAGUUCUGGAUUAGGUUGAGGAAACACAAUGUCACCUUCAGUAAGCUGAUGAGGAGAAUGUGUGGUUUCUAUUCCUCUGCCAGUAAGCUGGAUGGUGUAGUUUUGAAACCUGAACCUGAUGACCUUUGCUGUGUCAAGUGGAAAGAAAAUGGCUAUUAUAGGGCCAUAGUCACCAAAUUGGAUGACAAGAGUGUGAAUGUAUUCCUAGUUGACCGAGGCAAUUCGGAAAAUGUGGACUGGUGUGACAUAAGGAUGCUGCUUCCUCAGUUUAGGAAGCUACCAAUAUUGGCUCUGAAGUGCACCCUAGCUGAUAUUUGGCCUUUAGGAAAAACUUGGAGCCAAGAGGCAGUUUCCUUUUUUAAAAAGACUGUGCUCCACAAAGAAUUAGUCAUCCAUAUUCUUGAUAAACAGGAUCAUCAGUAUGUUAUUGAGAUUCUUGAUGAAUCAAGAGCAGGGGAAGAAAACAUUAGUAAGGUAAUUGCCCAAGCUGGAUAUGCCAAGUAUCAGGAAUUUGAAACAAAGGAAAAUAUCCCAGUAAAUGCCCACUCCCCAGGGCACAUUUCAAAUCAUUUUACUGUGGAGAAUAACAAAAUAUCUUCUGCCAAGACAGGAGAAGGAGAACAGAAAGCCAAGGGAGAGAAUAAAGCUACAUCUGUUUCGAAAGCUUUGAGUGACACAACAGUUGUGACAAAUGGUUCAACUAAACUGGUUGUUCGGGAAAAAGAGAAAAGAGCAUCUGUUUAUUUUCCUCCUAUACAGAAUUUAUUGGAAAUUAAGCCAGGCUCUUCUAGUAAAGGAGAGCUGGAAGUUGGAAGUACAGUAGAAGUUAGAGUGUCUUAUAUUGAAAACCCUGGCUAUUUCUGGUGUCAGCUGACCAGGAACAUACAAGCACUUAAAACUCUAAUGUCUAAUAUUCAGGACUAUUGCAAAAAUACAGCUGCUCCUUACCUGGGAACCACCCGUGCUUGUUUGGCUAAGCGAACGGUAAACAGACAAUGGUCCAGAGCUCUCAUUACUGGGAUACAAUCUGUGGAGCAUGUUAGUGUAAUAUUUGUAGAUUAUGGGGACAGAGAAAUGGUAUCUGUGCAGAAUAUUUAUUCAAUUAGCGAAGAGUUUCUCAAGGUUAAGGCUCAGGCUUUUAGGUGCAGUCUUUAUAAUAUAAUUCAACCAACUGGCCAAAAUCCUUUUGUUUGGGGUGAAAAGGCAAUACAAGCUUUUAAUGAAUUUGUAGAUAAUGCAUGGCAAACAAAUCUAGAAUUAAAAUGUACAAUAUAUGCUCUGGCUUCAAUUAAUGAUGAAGAACUAUUUAAUGUUGUGGAUUUGCUAACACCCUUUCAGAGUGCAUGCCAUUUCUUGGUAGAAAAGAGACUUGCGAGACCAGUAAAACUUCAGAAGCCUCUGGAGUCCUUUCUUCAGCUACAUUCUUACUUCUAUUCUACGCACGAUAUGAAAAUUGGAAGUGAAGAAUUAGUGUAUAUAACACAUGUUGAUGACCCUUGGACAUUUUAUUGCCAGCUGGCAAGAAAUGCAAAUAUUUUAGAACAGUUGUCAUGUAGUAUUAUACAAUUAAGUAAAGUUUUGCUGAAUUUAAAAACAUCUCCUUUGAACCCUGGAACUUUGUGCCUUGCCAAGUAUACUGAUGGAAAUUGGUACAGGGGCAUAGUAAUAGAGAAAGAGCCAAAGAAAGUCUUCUUUGUUGAUUUCGGGAACAUUUAUGUAGUAACAAGUGAUGAUGUGCUUCCAAUACCUAGUGAUGCAUAUGAUGUCUUACUUUUGCCCAUGCAAGCUGUCAAAUGUUCAUUAUCUGAUAUUCCUGAUCUUAUACCAGAAGAAGUUGUGGUGUGGUUUCAGGAGACUCUUUUAGAUAAUUCUUUCAAGGCUUUAGUUGUAGCAAAAGAUCCAGAUGGAACACUAAUUAUAGAACUAUAUGAUGACAAUAUUCAAAUUACUGCUAGUAUUAAUAAGAAGUUAGGGCUACUUAGUUACAAAGAUAGAAAAAAGGAAAGUGAACUGCUCCUCUCUGCAACUGAAACUCUUGCAGAAAAAAAUGCGAAUAUGAAAUUGCCAUGUACAGAGUAUUUAACUCAAUCAGGGAACAAGUUACAUGGUAAAGAGAUGUUGAAAGAGUCAUAUACACCUAAGAUCAACUCAUCAUACAAGGAACUCAAACUUUUACAAAGUUUAACAGAAACAAACUUAGUCACUCGAUAUCAAGUCAAUGUGGGAAAUAAAAAUUGUCAAGUCUUCCCAUUAACAACAGAAAAGAAAGAAAUUUCUGCUGAGCCAUCCUUGAAAACAGAAGGAGUAGAAACCACUCUUUCAGAGAGAAAAAUAGGAGAUUCAUGUGACAAAGAUUUUCUUCUGAAAUUUCAUGAGUUCCCACAGAAGACUAUAAUGCCUGGCUUUAAAACAACUGUGUAUAUUUCUCAUGUAAAUGACCUAUCAGACUUUUAUGUUCAACUAAUAGAAGACGAAUCUGAAAUUUAUCAUCUUUCAGAGAGAUUAAACAGUGUUGAAACAAGGCCCAAAUCUUAUGCAGGUCCACCUUUGCAACGAGGAGAUGUGAUUUGUGCUAUUUUCCCAGAAGACAAUUUAUGGUACCGUGCUGUGGUCAAGGAGCAACAACCCAAUGACCUUCUCUCUGUGCAGUUUAUAGAUUAUGGCAAUGUUUCUGUGGUUCAUAUUAACAAAAUAGGUAGACUUGACCUUGUUAAUGCAGUAUUGCCAGGAUUGUGUAUUCAUUGCUCCUUGCAGGGAUUUGGGGUUCCUGACAAUAACAAUUCCAAGAAAAUGAUGCAUUACUUUUCCCAACGGACCAGUGAGGCUGUAAUAAGUUGUGAAUUUGUUAAAUUUCGAGACAGAUGGGAAGUUAUUCUUGCUGAUGAACACGGGACCAUAGCAGAUGAUAUGAUUAGCGGGAACGCUCUCAGUGAAAAAUCUCAAAUAGAACUUUCUGCCCAAGUAAUUAAAGGUGCCAGUUCAAAGUCCGUUAACAAAUUAGACAUUGACACGUCAGUAUUUCUUAACUGGUAUAAUCCAGAAACAAAAAUGGUAAGAGCUUAUGCCACUGUGAUAGAUGGACCUGAGUAUUUUUGGUGUCAGUUUGCUGAUACCGAGAAACUUCAGUAUUUAGAAGUAGAAGUACAGACUGCUGGAAAACAGGUAGAAGACAGGAGAAAUUGUAUCCAGUGUCCUCAUAUUGGAGAUCCUUGUAUAGUAAGAUACAGAGAAGAUGGACAUUAUUAUAGGGCACUUAUCACUAAUAUUUAUGAAGAUUAUUUUGUAUCUGUCAGGCUUGUGGACUUUGGAAACAUUGAAGACUAUGUCGACCCAAAAGCACUCUGGGCCAUUCCUUCUGAACUUUUGUCGGUUCCCAUGCAAGCCUUUCCAUGUUGCCUCUCGGGAUUUAACAUUUCAGGAGGCUUAUGCUCUCAAGAGGGAAAUGACUAUUUCUAUGAAAUAAUAACAGAGGAUGUGUUGGAAGUAACAAUAUUAGAAAUCAAAAGGGAUGUUUGUGAUAUCCCUUUAGCAACUGUCAACUUGAAAAGCAAAGGUAAAAGUAUUAAUGAGAAAAUGGAGAAAUAUUCUAAGAUUUGUAUUACUAAGAGUACUCUUCCCUAUGAAAAUACUGGCUCAGAGAUAAAGCAGGCUCUUGGGUCCUCCUGUCUUGAUGUAGGACUUAAGAAAUUAAGUAAUAAAGUUGUACAAAAUAAAACGUCAUAUAUGGAACCACAAACAGAUGAGCUUGCUGAAAGAACUGAAAAAGAUGUAAACAUUACUGAAACCAAACCAGGUAACUUCCGUGACCCUAAAACUGUUAACAUUUGUGAAAGUUUUGAAAACCCCUGCAAAGAUAAAAUUGAUGCUGAGGAGCUGGAACCUGAAAUAGAGUGCCAUCUAAUUGACAAAGCAAAGUUUGAUGAUAAAUACCUAAUUACAGGAUCUAACACGUUACUGCCACAUGCUAAUGAAAUAAAGGAGAUACUAGAACUGAAUUCACUUGAGGUGCCACUUUCCCCUGAUGAUGAAUCCAAAGAAUUCUUAGAACUGGAAUCUAUUGAGUUACAGAAUUCUCCGGUGGUGGAUGAAAAAAAAGAGGAGUUAAGCCUCAUGCCACCGAGUGUGCUGCUUUCCCAAGACCAUGCCACAGAAGGCACCCUGGAGCCAUUCAUAGUGCAGUUUCCUCUCGGCUGUGAAACUGAGAAACAGCCAGAACUAGAACUACCUACAGCCCAGCUGCCUCUAGAUGACAAGAUGGAUUCUUUGUCUUUAGGAAUUAGUCAGAAAGCACAAGAAUCCAUGUGUGCUGAGGACAUGAGAAAGUCAAGUUGUGUGGAAUCUUUUGAUGACCAGCAGCAUCUACAAGGAGCAGAUUGUGAUCCUAAAACACAGAUUAAAAUGAAUAUAUAUGAAGAAGAAUUUAUAGAGUGUAAAAACAAGGAAGCCAUUUCAGCAUUGAUGCCUUUCUUCUCUGAGGAAGAAAGCAGUGAUGGAAGGAAGCACAAUAAUGAUUUACCAGAUCAUGUCUCAGCUCAACCACAGAACACCUACCCUCUGAAAGCCUUUACUGUUGGAUCUAAAUGUGUUGUGUGGUCAAGUCUAAGAAACACAUGGUCUAAAUGUGAGAUUUUAGAAACAGCUGAAGGAGGAACAAGGGUUUUGAACCUUUCAAAUGGUAUGGAGGAGAUAGUGAACCCUGAGAAUGUCUGGAAUUGCAUACCCAAAUUAGAUAAGAGUCCACCUAAGGAUGUAUCCCAAAGAGUAGGAAAAGAUGUUUACUUCAUGUCGUCGGAUGAUACCACAAUGAAAGAAAAGGGGUUUCGAAGUGAUGGAGAUUUAACUGUGGAUCUGUAGCUGUGGCCAAUCAGUCAGAAGCUGCUCUUGAACAAGUGGCAUCUUACCCAGACCAACAGAGUAUUUGAGAAACUGGAAAACAUAUAACCACAAGAAGCUGUCAUUUUCAAAAACUUUUAUAUAGGUGGAAAACAAAAUAGGUCUCAGGUUGACUGUGGAGUCUAUUUAUAGUGAUACUGUUGUAUAUAUGGAUCUGGGAUCUUUCCUUUGCCUUUUAUUUUCUUAUGUUUCUAAUUCGUUAGGAGGAUUUAUUUUGCUAAACAGUUUACUAAGACAUUACAUUUCAAAAAACUGUUUUGGGCCAGGCUUGGUGGCUCACUCCUGUAAUCCCAGCACUUUGGGAGGCCGAGGUGGGCAGAUCACUUGAUGUCAGGAGUUCAAGACCAGCCUGGCCAACAUGGUGAAACCCUGUCUCUACCAAAAAUAUAAAAAAUUAGCUGGAUGUGGUGGUGCACACCUGUAAUCCCAGCUAUUUGGGAAGCUUAGGCAGGAGAAUCACUUGAACCCAGGAAACAAAAGUUGCAAUGAGCCAAGAUUGUGCCACUGCACUCCAGCCUGGGUGACAGAACAAGACUCUGUCUCAAAAAAAUAAAAAAUAUUUUGGUACCUUUCAAAUACAGUGUUUAAGUUAAAACAGAAAAAUAUAGCCUCAUGACAAGUACAUUAGUUGAUACUACUUAGGAGGAUAGCGUUUUAGCAGUCUCUCCUUCAGAAUUUUUGUCUUGAUUUUGAAACUUUACCUGUUUGUCUAAACAUCUGACAACAUUGUUUGAAUUUGGAAGUAUUCUAAUACAAGAUUUGAAUAAAGUUUAUCCUUAAAUAAAGUUUAUCAUUAAUGUGAUGGUCUUAUUUUAUUAAAAAGGAAGUCAAACUCUUGAACAUAUUUGGUUCCUUCUCUCCUCUAUAAUAGAGGAUUGGGGAAAGCAUGAUAAUAAAUGUAAGCUCUUACAUAUUAGUCACUUGUACUUUAAAUGUAUUUUUUCACUUUAAUCAUCAACUUUGAGGUACAUAAUAAUAUUAUCCACAUUUUAUAGGUGAGAAAAUUGAAGCUUCUUAGAGAAAUUAAAUAAGUUGCCUAAGGUCAGCCAGCUAGUGAGUCUCAAAGGCAUGGUAAAACCCAGACCUACAUAACUUUAAAGCCUGUGACUUUAAACAUGAUUUUGCAAAGUAUAGAUCUUAGUUUCUGAAAACAGAGUUUAGCUAUAUACUGCUUAACAGAUAUGUGACAUGGGAAAAUUAUGUAAUAUUUUGGGCUUUGAUCUUCUCCAUCUGUAAAGUGGUGGUAAUAAAAUCUUUCUUGCAGUG